UAUGGUUGCAUAACCCCUCGUCAUUUCCUCCUGAGCCAGAUCUGUCAUUUCCUCCUGAGCCAGAUCGUGCGAGCCCCUUCGGUUACUGGUCGUCCGCAGGCGGCAGGCGAACCCCUCUCCCUCCCUGCGAUCUCUUAGCUACUCAUGGCAAUGGCAGUCUUAACUUCCUCGCCGAGCCGCGCCCGCCCUCUCCACACGAGCUCCGCUGGCCUACCUCGUCCCUGCACUCCUGCACUCGUCGUCGUCUUGCCGAAGGAGCUUUUGUCGCCAUCCACCAUGCUGCGACACGCCGAGCGUCGUCAUUGUUCUCCUCGCCGUCCGAGCUCUGCCCGAGAUAUCGGGCCGUUCGUGGAGUCUGAGGGAAUUGCAGGAGAGGACCCUGAGGAGCAGCAGCUUGGUGAAGGUUGUCCACAUUGCAACCACUGCUCAGGAGAAGACGAAGUCGUGGAAGGAGACUUCCAGGAGUUCCAAGACUACGACGAGUUUUAGGUGUGGGUUGGCGGCAACCCCCAGUCAGCUGCUUGUGAAGGCCUUAUCUUUACUGCGUUUCACUAGUACUUUGAUUUAACUGUUAAGUUGAUGACUAUGUGGAUGUCUAUGACUCUGUGAUGUAAUAAGUUAAUACUCUUUUAUGUUAUUAUUCGAGCA